AUGCAGGAACGCUCUGGCUAUAACGUCAUCACGUGCAAUGUCAAUAAAAUGAAUUCGGUUGUGAAGAUAGACGCCCUCACGGAGUUCCUGCAGCACCGAGCUGCCGAUGUAGCGAUAUUACAAGAAGUCGUCACCACGGACUUGGAACAAGUACCGGGAUUCGACGUCUUCACGAACAUUGACGCAGAAACGAGAACUGGCACUGCUGUAAUGGUGACGAAUGGAAUCGACACAGACGACAUCAAGACCCUGACUGACGGCCGUGGAAUAGCAAUCAAAAUAGCUGGGACGUACUUUGUCAGCAUCUAUGCGCCGUCAGGCACAGAAAAGAAGAGGGCCAGAAGCCAGUUCUUCAAUGAAGAUAUUUGUGCACUCCUUCCACGCAACAACAGCAAUGUUGUGCUGGGAGGCGAUUUCAACUGCGUGUCUGCUCCGGAAGAUCAAGUCCCGGCACCUAAUCUGUGCAUGGAGCUGCAGGAACUCCUAAGGAAACUGAAUCUACGUGACUCUUGGCGUCUAUUAUACCCCAACACAACGGAAUUCACGUACUUCCACAACCGCGGAAGAAGCAGGCUUGACAGGAUUUGUGAGACCAGAGAGUUGGCCACCUCUGUGUCACGUGUGGAAGGCUGCCCUGUGAUCUUCUCCGACCACUGUGCCUACAUUUGCAAGCUCCAGCUGCCAACGAAUAAAUUAUCAGGAGGAAGAUCAGCGUGGAAACUUAACACGGAACAUCCAAGUGACGCCAAACUACAGCAGGAGAUAGCGCUCACCCUAGAAGAAAGUUUACAGACGCGACAACAAUAUCCGACCACCACUCAAUGGUGGGUCGCAUGUGGGAAACCACAAAUCAGGAAGACGCUGAUAAGGCACAGUGCGGAGAAGGCCUUCUGCAGGAACAGCACGGCAGACUUUCACACGCAGUGUCUGAAGGACGCGCUCAACUGUCCUCCAGACGACGACCUGCUUCUCACGCGAGUCAGAGGAAUAAAGGCGCGACUACUGAAUAUCAGGCGUCAACAGAUGAAAGGCGUCGUCGUCCGCAGCCAGACACACGGCGCCACUGAAGACGAACCUGCCACACUGCACCACCUGCAUACAGAGAGGGAGAGGGCACAAAACAGAACUGUAAGAGAGCUUAGCGACGCAGCUGGCCGCAAAAUAACAACUAGGAGGGACAUGAUGCAUCACGUAGAAGAACACUUCUCUGAACUCUUCAAGGGAGAGGAACCAGAUGACGCAGAAACAGCAAAAAUACUACAAGGAAUGCGCAGACGGCUGAACGACACCGAUCGCGCUUUGCUGACAGAGGCAGUGUCAGAGGAAGAAGUCAAAGCCGUCCUCAAAACCUGCGCCAAUGGCAAAGCUCCAGGAGCGACGGAUUACCGUCAGAAUUCUACGCCACAAAGUAGAUGUAAUAAUAACUGA